UCCCCUUCUACUAAGCAAUAUCAAAAGCCAUCCUUAUUGGAAAACAGACUGCCUUCUACUUUUUUACCGUACCAAAUUUCCCAUUUUGGUAAUGAUACCAAUCUGCGAAAUUAUUGUACAAGUCAGUGCUGUAUAUAGCCAAGAUAAACCUCAUCGCUAUUUUUGAGUACAGUCGAUAAAUGUGCAUGUACAUUUCCAUGAUUACGCACUUCCGUUUCGCGGUAAAACAUCGUCCUGGACAUCGUUGGAUGACUCGACCGGAAUGAAUUGCAUCUGAGAUGUAAGUAAAUUCUCAAACAUGGUACACAAUGUCGGGGGCUAAGGAGCGAUGUGCGCUGAGUCCAUAUUUUAUACUUUUAAAGGAACAAGUUGUACGCGCACAGUCGAAAACGGCGUUGAUUAAUCGAGCUGAAUCCAAGGAUCGUCAAGUCUUGCCUGGGUCACUAUUUGAGGAGGUAAAAUCGCAGACAAGGCACACCAGCCCCAUUACAGGGUCCAGGGGAGACAAGUUCGUUUACAAAUCCCUAGAACACGAAAAUCUCGUUUUAGAAUGUUCCACUGACAAUUUAGCGAGGAUAUCUAAAGAGGAAAAGGAUCUAUUAGUUGGAUUGGUACAGUUACGUGAACGGUAUGAUAUUUAUAUUGGUGACAAACGCCGCCUCGCAGAAGGACUGCACAUAAAAGUAGGCUCCGAGGUACACGUCGACGUACAGGGCUUGGUGCAACGAGUGUCAGGAAUUGUACGGUAUAAAGGCCCAUUGCCUGGACAAAGUGGUACACAUUUUGGCAUCGAGCUUUUGGAACAGAAAGGUCAAGGAACUACUGAUGGAAUUUUUCGUAAACAGCGCCUGUUCAAAUGUGAUGAAGAUUGCGGUGUAUUUGUAUCAAUUAGUAAAAUUAGUCUAGUAAGUCUGGAUCAUAAAAAAAAUCGGAAAUCAUCAAAAAAAGGUGAUGAAAUGAAGGCCACGAAGGAUGAUCAAAUUGAAAUUGGAAGCAGAGUAGUUAUAUUUUGUGCGGGAGAUGAGGGAGAUCAGGCUGAGUACGGAACAGUCAGAUAUAUCGGGAUUCCAAAGAAACUUGCUGAACGCCAUAUUGGAAUUGAACUGGAUAAUCCUGUGGGAUCCGGUACUGGUAGGUUUGAUGGAGAAAAGCUUUUUCAAACAGAGAAAAAUCAUGCAAUACUUGUUCCUUAUUUAGCUGUAUUGCCUGCUCAUCAUUUUGAAGAAAAGCCAAAGUCUGAGGCAAAGAAACGGGAUUCAUCUGCAGAAGCUAUCGAUGUUGUUUUAAAAGAUUCCGCGAUGUCUAAAGGAGGUUUAUUGAAAGAGCAACAACAGCUGUUCAAAGAGUUUGAAGAGAAAAAACGUCAGGAUCAUUCGUCUCAACAACAUCAUAGUUAUCCUUCAGAUGGUAUGACGCAUACACAUGUAAGCAAACCAGCUGACGUCCUCAAAGCACUGGAGGAUAAGUAUGAACAUGAUUCUGACAAAAGUGAAAAACCAAGUACCACUCAGUGGUAUGUUAAUGAAAGUGACAGUUCUAUCUAUGUCAGUAUGAAAUCACCCAUUUAUCAGAAUUCACCGCUUUUAAGCCCGACAAAAGGUGCUGGCCAAGCAAGAAAAAACCUUCCUAUUGAACUUCCCACGAGUGAGAAAGAACAUAUCUAUAUGGAUAUGCAAGGAAAUCAACAACGUACUCGAGGGAGUUCAGGUCAACAAAAAGAUCAAUUAACGAUAACUGGAAAACCAAAAAAGCAAAUCAGAGACGUUUCUGAUUUCUGUGUAGACAGUAAUUACAAAGACAAGCUGAGAUCAAAUUGGCGAAAAGAUAUCAGUGAUUGUUCACCUAAGAAUCAAGAUAAAGACUCUUAUUUUGCUUAUACCCAUAAUGUACCUGUCUAUAACAAGAAACAGCCAAGGUCACCAACGUCGCCUGGCUUGAGUACUGGCCAGGCUAUUGCCCAUGCUAGUUUGGACAUAGCUUUUGGUGAUUAUGAGUCCCCAAUGAUAGAUGGUUACGUUGGUCCUCCAAACACACUAUCAGCCGAUCUAUGUGGUAUUGCUAAGGGCAUCCAGGGUCAUCAUAAUUCCUGUUAUCUAGAUUCUACACUCUAUAGUAUGUUUGCAUUCAGUAUCACAUUUGAUAAGAUUAUACUGAGAGAUAAAAGGGCUGACGAUCUUGACGAGUUUGACGAAGUUCAGAAAGUUCUACGAGAAGGGAUUGUCAAUCCACUGAGGAGGAAUGGUUUUGUGAGAGCUGAUCGUGUUAACGAUUUACGCAAGCUGCUUGAUCGGUUAGGAUCUGUAUCAGGAUUGACCUCCGAAGAGAAAGACCCAGAGGAGUUUCUUAACACCCUUCUACAGCAAGUCUGUAAAGCAGAACCAUUUCUAAAACUAAAAUCUCCAAAUGAUGAAGAACAUACAAGUUUUUGCUAUCAAAUGUUCAUGGAUAAAGAUGAAAACAAACAAGUUCCAACUGUACAGGAAUUGUUUGAACAGUCUUUUAUUUUGUCAGAUAUCAAACUAGUGGACGUUCCGUCAUGUUUGAUUGUUCAAAUGCCAAGGUUCGGAAAACAAUAUAAAAUGUACAAUAGAAUUAUACCAAGUUUAACAUUGGACAUAACUGACGUUUUAGAAACACAACCAAGACAGUGUACAAUAUGCAGCCAUCUUGCAAAAUAUGAAUGUAGAGAUUGCAAUGUUGAAAAAAGUUUUGUAACAGAUCAAAUAACAUCUUACUGUGGAGGAUGUGUUGAAAGAACCCACCAACAUCCAAAGCGAGAAAAGCAUAAUUACAAAGAAUUGAAAAUUAUGGAAAGUUUUGUUGAGUUUUAUAAAGAGAAUCCUGAUGUGAUGAUAACAAGGGAGUGCAUGGAGCUGUUUGCAGUUGUAUGCAUUGAAACAAGCCAUUAUGUAGCCUUUGUUAAAUGUGGUACUGGUGACGAGGCUCCAUGGUGCUUCUUUGAUAGUAUGUCAGAUAGGCAAGGUGAAGAAAGCGGGUUUAAUAUUCCUGCAGUAACACAUAUAAAAGAAUUGGUGAAUUGGUUGGGUAAUAAAGAUCGUAUUACGAAGACAGAUGAGAAGGACAUGCCUGAACACAUCAGAAGACUUCUGUGUGAUGCUUACAUGCUGUUUUACCAGAGUCCAGAAACACUAAUGUAUAAAUAAUUAGAAUUCUGUCAUUAUGUAGGUGACAAAAGCGGGUUUAAUAUUCCUGCUGUAACAGAUAUAAAGGAAUUGGUUGGAUAAUAAAGAUCGUAUCACAAAGAAGGACGACAAGGACAUGGCCAAGCACAUCAAAAGACUUCUGCGUGAUACUUACGGAGUCCAGAAACCCUAAUGUAUAAAUAGUUAUGUAGAAUGCAAAAUUGUUACAGUAUCAUAUUACCCGGUAAUAGAAGGAUGUUCGCUAGGCGAAAUUUCACUAAAUUCACCACGACUUCCUUAUGGACUUGAGUGAAAUUAUCUGUGGGUCCAUAGCUCUUCUUGUGUCUGUCUUUAGUCUUUGUUAUGGUAUUUUCAGACAUUAAGAUUUUUAUUGACACAGAAGUGCUAUGGUUCCUCUCAUAGACUUGUGUAACACAAACAUGCAACGCCAAAUGGCAUUGCAAAUCUUUCAAAUUAUUUCAUUCUUGUUACCAUAUUUUUCUGAACACCAAAACUACAUCAUUGCCAGCUAAGUUGCUGACUGGUUUGCUGUGUGCGCCUGGAGAUCAUCACGAUAUAAGAAGUUGGGUCAAACCAAAUUCAGCAGUAGACGUCAAACUAAUAAUAGGAAGAGUCGGACACUGAAUAUAAAUUGAAGAUUAUGAUACGAUUGCCUUCCAAUUUAUUUCAAUGAAUCAUAUAAAUUUCUAUAAAAUAAAUUGCAAAGUUAUCCAAACAAAAUGUAUGGCUUUGUUGCUGCUUUUUGUUUGGAACAAUAUGGCAGUGACAGUAAAUGGCUGUUUUAUGAUCUAGUUCAGAUUACGCCUUGAUAAGGAUAGAAUAUACUAAAGAGCAUUGACAAUUUGGUUUCGGGUCAAUUGAACAGUAACACUAAGGUGACAGGUCAUUUGAUGUACAAUAAAACUAGGGUCGUAGGUCAAUUAAUGUACAAUAAAACUAGGUCAUAGGUCAAUUGAUGUACAAUACAACUAGGGUCAUAGGUCAAUUGAUGUACAAUACAACUAGGAUCAUAGGUCAAUUAGAGUAGGGUCACAGGUCAAUAGACCAUUUUCUGUUGUCUGCGAGAUUACACAUUAUGCGUGAAAUCAAACGAAAAAACAGGACAAACAAAGGUCAUAGCAUUGUAGUGGUUUCCGAACAUCCAGAGGUUCAUCAAAUGCAAAAAUAUUUUUGGGUAUUUCUAUGCUUAAUAAUAUGCUAUAAACAUUUUAUGAUGAUUCAUUUCAUUGAAGUAUCGGUAUUUCUUGCAAUAUUCCCCUCUCAAGGAUCGCCAUUACAAUAUUGAGCUAUAAAGAAGGAAACAUUGAAUCAAAUCGUUUGAUCUUGUGACAGACAUUUGGUCCGUGCCUUUCACGUAUUAUGCAAGAUCUCAAGCUGAAUGGAAAAUCACCUAUUGAAGGACAAGACAUUUCCGUCUUAGUUUAAUUGACGUGCAUUGACACUUGCGUCACAGAUGAAUAAUCUGCAUCAUCACACGGCUCCAGUAUGACCUUUCAACCAUGCCUCACAAUCAUUAUGGCCACAUCUAAUGUCUUGGUGAAGUAAAAUGAUAAAAACUAUUAAUGGAAAUGAUAUUGUGACUUGAAAAAUGUAGAUUCAUCUGCUUAUAAUUUUGUGUUUACUUUAAUAACUAAGCAUUGUGCACAAUAGUCACAAGUGGCUGUCGAUGAGUUCUCUGAAAUUGUUGGUUGCAUAAUAUUUGUUGUGUAUGAUAAUGUGUAUUGACUCCUCCUUGAAGUGCAUGUGUUACUGGGACAUUAUGUUUGAACAAUCUGACGCUUUGAUUUUCAUAAGUGCUUGAUGGUGUUCCUCACUUUAAUGGAAUGAUUAAAAGCAUUGUGACAU